AUGACAAUUGCAACUCUCGAAGAGACGCAUACAGACAAAUUCGGUUUCAAGGGUCUUGCCGGAGGACAAAUACAGGUCGUGCCUGGAUGGGGAGAGGAGGAGCUGGGACGAAAGCUGGUUCAGCUGUUCGAUGUGGCAAAUUCGAGUGGACUGUUUGUGGCUGCCGGUAACGACGACGCUUUUGUGGUGGGAAAGUUGUCUGAUCUCCACGAGAUUGGUUUCACGUCUGAGUUCAAGAAGAGUCUUGAGGACAAGGUGACCAAACACAAGCUCAACGGAAAACCCUCUCAUGUGGGUUUCACCAGUGACGAGAAGAGCAUCUACGCCGGAGUCGAUGGUGAGCUCAGGGUCUUUGCCACAGACAAGCCCGAUACACAGCUCAAGUCGAUUGUGUUGGGAGACGACAUUGCGCAAGUGCUGCCCAACCCGCGAGUGGCUUCCGAUGCAGCUGUAGUCACUGCCAAUGGCUCUCUGUUCUUUUUGGAUCUGGCCAAGGGUACCUCCAAGCGCAUUGAGGUCCCUGAGUCCGUGACACGUGCAUCCUGGUCUCCUAAAGGUAAACAGCUUGUAGCCGGAACAUCUGGAAAUUGCUCAAUCUACCAGCUACGACCAGAUGGAAGCACUGCGGCGGUGGUAGAAGCCCCUACAAACAAUGAGGAUGAGGUUCUUUCUGGAACCGCGGAGGUGACGGAGAUUUUGUGGCUCGAAACCCACCUGUUCUUCGUCUCUUACUCCAAGGUUGACGAUGAAGAUACCGAGUCUUCGUCUUACUUAAUCUUCAGAGAUAAGAACGGACCCACCACGUACAAGAAGGCGGAAGAAGACCUGUCGCCUCCUUUCGGUGAUGCGUCUCGUGGCAGAUCGUGGUUUUCUGCUGUUCUGAGAGACUAUGCUGGUCUUGAUUACCUCAUCGCUACAAACUUUGCUCCCUCUACGGAAAUCACAAUGCUCACCAAAGACGAAAUUCUGAGAGCCACAGACGACUCCAUGAAUGCCACCAUGCCCUACACAGAUUUCGAUACCUCCGCCAUUGGUAUUGGCUUGGAUGUAACCUCAAAGGACGAUGUGGACACUCCUAUUCCAGGAGCCUCGACCAGCGAUCCCCUUCCUCUUUUGUGGAUAUUGAACAACGAAGGUAGAUUAGCGGGAUGGCACAUUGUCAGUCUGGAUGGAAUUAAACAGCACACUGCUGGUGUGGAGCCCUUGCAGAAAGCUAUCUCUGAAGCCGCCAAGGAGGCUUCAACUGCUGCGAGUCUGUUCGGUGGUGAUGGAGGUUCAUCCCAACAGAAGACUGCUUCCCCUUCUCCCUUUGCCGCUGGACCUGGCACUGCUUCUCCUUUUGCUGCUGGUGCGUCUCCCUUUGCUGCUGAUGCGUCUCCCUUUGCUGCUGGAGCUUCUGGGUCGCCUUUUGCUGCUGGAGCUUCCAAGCUGAGCUUCUCCAACUUCAAGAACCCCACUCUUCCAGAUGAAAAACCGAAGUCCGAGAAUACUCCUACUUUCGGAAGCAGCAAGUUUGGUGACAUGAAGUUUGGAAACAGCUCUUUCGGCUCGUCGUCGUUCGGUAGCUCGGGCCCUGGAGGAUCGGGUGGAGCUUUUGGAGCUAAGGUCACUUUUGGCAGCGGUUCCAAUCCCAAAGAGCCAUCUCCUGUCCCUGAAGCUCAGUCGACUCAGCCAACAUCAACCCCUACUAUCCAAAAGAUGGAUGAUGACAGUGACGACGAGGGCCACAACUUCAAGUUCGAUGAAAGCAUGGCUGAUGACUUGGAACCAACCACUGAAGGCGACCAGACCGAUCAGCUGUUGGCUGCUCUGGCAAAGGACGAUGCGCCUGCGGCUAAGGAUGCGCCGUCUAAGGAUGGCGAUUCUGCUUUGUUUGCUCCUUUGACUGCCCAGAAAGGUAUGGGGCUCACCAGCCGUCAUGCUAAGGCCAAGAAGGAUGACAAGAAGGACGACAAGGAGGAUGACACGAAACCUGUACCUUCAUUUGGCUUUAAUCUCAACAAGACCAGUGCUUCUGCCACAGGUAAAUCUAAGUUUGGAUCUCAAGCAACUGGUGGAAGUGGGUUUACUUUCGGAAAAGAUUCCAACUCUGAGUCCCCCUUCCUCGCAGCCGCAGCUUCCAACCCUUUCGCUGGUAAGGGUUUCUUUGGCAGCACAGAGAAGAAGGAUGAGGCGGAGGAAAAGCCCAAGACUGACUCUGCUGCCUCUAACGAGCCCAAAAUCACGGAGCUUUCCAGUGGGGACGAUGAGGGCGAGUCCAAGAAGUCUGAACAAUCUAUUGCAGACAAGCCCAAGGAGCUACAGGUCAAGGAUCAGUCUCAACCCAUGGAGCGUGUGUCUUCGCGAGAAAAGACGCCCAUCAAGGAGCUCAUAAAGAAGUUUGACUCGUCUUCUUCUCAGGACCUCAACAAGGAGGAUCUACAGAAGCUUAAGGCCGCAUCUGGACAGACUAAGAGCACCCCCGAGGUGGCUGUCGAGGACGAAGAUGAUGAGCAGGAGGAUGAUGCUCUUGAGAAGCUGGAUCAGGCCAGUUUUGCCAAGCAUACAACUCACGGAAAGUCCGAUACAGACCCUGCCAAAUUCGACGACGAUGCUCAGGAGAAGGCGGCUCUUGAGAAGCUGGAUGAGGCUGGUUUCGCUAAGGAAGCAUCUUCGGGCUCUUCUGGGGAAGCUCCCAAGACUUCUGUUAAGUUCGAUGAUGAUGCCGAGGAGGAUGAGGCGCUCAAGAGACUCAACGAGGCCAGUUUCACUAAGGAAGCCAAUGGCAGUUCUAACCAGGAAGGGGACUCGAGCUUUGCACAGUUCGAUGAGGAUGACGAGAAUGAGUUUGAUGAGUUUGACGACGACUACGAGGAUUACGAGGGCGAGUUUACGGAGGAGAAUGUGGACGAGGAGGACGAGGAGGAUGCCGAUUACGUGCACGUGCACGAUGAACGAAACCAGACCGAGUCGAUUGACGAGACCUAUGAGUUUGAUGAUGGGGACGACGAGCAUGACGACGAUUUCGACAACUCCGUUGUUGAUCCCUCUCUCAAACCUCCUGCUCUUCCGGUCUCUGGCGUCUACUCGGGCUUUGAGCCUGCCAGCUCUCUUCCUGCUGCUGCUGUUGAGAGAGCUCCUAUGGUGUCAACAGAGACUCAGACCGAACCAGAGCCUGAACCUGCUCACGAACAACCCGAACCCGAACCCGAACCCGAACCGUUCGCGAUGCCUCUUCCUGUUCCCUCCAUGAAGAUGUUUGAGGAUUCCAGCACCGAGACUCCCAAAACUCUGGGUGCUGCUAUGGAACAGAUCUACCUGGAGGUCGAAUCAGAGUUUGAGACUCUCACAGAGAAUUACCACCUUCUGGAGACGUACCUGAGAGACCAGGACGCUUUCCAGGAAGAAGAGUACGCGCUCAGCAUUACGGAGGUGGAAAAGUGGAGACUUGGGGGCGCUUAUGAGCUGGCAAAUGAGGUCUUCGAGGAACUGGAAAAGGUUUCUCCUUAUGCUGCCAAGUUUGAGGGUGCCGACGAUGACAUUAACAAGUGCAACAAGGGACUGGGUGUUCUUGAAUACAAGAUUGCCCGUUACCAAAGUCUUCGACCUAAGGAGGAGAAAGAGGAGGUUCUCCGCCAGCGAGCUCUGUCGGCACGAGAGCAAAAGCUCAAGAACAGUCUUCGAGUCAAGACCGAGAAGAUUAGAUCUGAUCUGAUUGACCUUGAGGCUACAGUUACCCAGAUGAAGGCCCAGACUAUUUUCCUCAAUGGAGGUACUUAUUCUACCUCCAUUACUCGAAUCCAGGAUACUAUUGGCCGUAUCACUGAGAACUUCCGAGAGCGUCUCGCCAACCUGGAUGCCAUUGAGGCGACCGAGACUCUCGAUAAUCUCUCGCUUGCAUCUGCGGGAGAUGUCAAGGCAAUUACAACUGGCGAUAGUUCUUUUGUUGGUCCUGACGAGUCCUCUUAUUUUAUCGUUCCAUCCGACGCCCCUUUUGCUAACAGCUUCCGACAGCUCAUGGGAGGUCGACAGGUUAUGUAA